UCUUCUCUUCUUAUUCUCAACACUCACAAGCACAUUGAGUUCUUCCCUUUCUCUUGGUGUAAAAUUAUAUAAAAGAUCAUUAUAAGGUCUCUUGUUCUUUAGAUGGAAAGCAAAAAAUUCACACAAGAUGGUUCGGUUGAUCUUCGCGGCCGCCCUGUCAUCGCCUCCGGCACCGGGAGAUGGAGAGCUUGUGCCUUCUUAGUAGGAUAUGAAGCAUUUGAAAGGAUGGCCUUCUAUGGGGUAGCCUCAAAUCUUGUAGUGUAUCUCACAACUCAACUACAUGAAGACACGGUUUCAUCAGUGAGGAGUGUGAACAACUGGUCUGGUUCAGUGUGGAUCACUCCGAUCAUCGGCGCAUACAUUGCCGAUACAUAUAUUGGUCGCUUCUGGACCUUCACCAUCGCAUCUCUCAUCUAUGUCAUGGGUAUGGUCUUACUAACAAUGGCUGUGUCCCUUGAGUCCUUGAGGCCAACCUGCAACAAUGGCAUAUGUAACAAAGCAUCACAUUCUCAGAUAGCCUUCUUCUAUUCAUCUCUUUACAUAAUUGCCAUCGGUGCCGGAGGGACGAAGCCGAACAUAUCGACCUUUGGGGCAGAUCAGUUCGAUGAUUUCGAUCCAAAAGAGAAGCAGCUCAAGGGAUCAUUCUUCAAUUGGUGGAUGUUCAGCUCGUUCUUGGGUGGUCUAAUGGCAACACUAGGCCUUGUGUACAUACAGGAGAACUUAGGGUGGGGGUUAGGUUAUGGAAUCCCCACAGCAGGGUUGAUGAUCUCAUUGGUGAUAUUCUAUAUCGGCACACCGAAUUAUCGACACAAGGUCAAGAAGACGAAAAGCCCGGCGAGGGAGAUGAUCAGAGUAUGGUUAACCGCUUUCGCUAACCGGAAACUCAAUUUGCCGGAAAACCCAUCUGAGCUCUAUGAGCUUGAGCAUCAGCAUUAUGUGGUCACUGGCAAGAGGAGAGUGCAUCACACCAUGGCCUUCCGGUUUCUAGACAAAGCAGCAGUGAAAGCAGAAGGUGGCACAACUACAACACCACCAUGCACAGUAACACAAGUAGAAGAAACCAAGCUUUUGGUAGCCAUGGGACUCAUUUGGUUGGCAACCCUAAUUCCCAGCACCAUUUGGGCACAAGUGAACACUCUAUUCGUCAAGCAAGGGACAACCUUGGAUCGCGACAUCGGCAAUGGCUUUCGUCUUCCUGCCGCCUCCCUCGGAAGCUUCAUCACAAUCUCAAUGCUUCUCUCCGUCCCUCUCUACGACCGUUACUUCGUCCCCUUCAUGCAACGCCGCACCGAACCUAGAGGCAUCACUCUCCUCCAACGCCUCGGCACCGGCUUCGGCUUCCAUAUCAUCGUCACCAUGGUGGCCUACAUCGUUGAACUCAAACGAAUGCACGAGAUAAAAUCUCACAAUGUUAAUGGUCCUAAAGACAUUGUUCCAAUGAGCAUCUUCUGGUUAUUACCACAAUAUGUGCUAUUAGGUGUCGGAGAUGUGUUCCAUGCCAUUGGAUUACUAGAGUUCUUUUAUGACCAAUCACCAGAGGACAUGCAAAGCCUUGGAACAACCUUCUUCACAAGUGGGAUUGGAGUAGGGAACUUCCUCAAUAGCUUGCUAGUGACACUGGUUGAUAAUGUGACAAGAAAAGGUGGUGGAAAGAGUUGGAUAGGGAACAACUUGAAUGACUCACACUUGGACUAUUAUUAUGGAUUCCUCAUGACAUUAUCAGCAGUCAAUCUAGGCUUGUUUGUUUGGAUAUCUAGUAAGUAUGUUUACAAGAAGGAGAGCUUGGAGGUGGAUGGUGGGAAGUUGGCCAUGAGUAAUAGUAGUAAUAGACAAAUGGAAGGAAAGGCUAUUAUUCCAUUGGAUACAUCCUCUUUAGGGUUGCAAGUGUGAAGAUUUACUUCACAGAGAUGAGUCUUGUUUAUGUACUUCUUGUUGGGUUGUAGAUGUAUGUGUGUGAGCAUAAUAAUGCGUAAGCAUUGGUUCCUUUGAGAAAAUGGGAUAUAAAUAAAUAUAUGGCCUCUCUUGUAGAUAAGCUUGUUUUUAGCUUUCCUAUUGGACCACUUAGAUAUUCUUCAAUGUCACUUGUAAUAUAUAUAACUUUAU